AUGAAUGGGGUACAUCUAAGCCUUCUUCUCGCCUGUAUUAUAUGGGUUGUACAGUCUCAUAUUGAAGAGAUGACACAUAUCCAGGAAGAAGCCGGCAGUGACCAUAUUGUCCGUCUUUCAGGGAUUCUUCUACCAAUAUCCAUUGUCAAGUUGAAGAAGACUUCUCAGAGGGUGAGCAAAUCGGAUGCUGAAAAGAAUAAAUCCGCCAAGAAAAAGGAACUUCCGAAAAAGAAGUCGUGGACGCCACCUGCAAACUGUGUGCCCCUUAAAUCCAGCUGUAGGCCCCCCGCACCCCCCUGCUGUGAGCCCUGUGCUUUCUGCCAUUGCCAUAUCUUCCAUACUGUCUGCGUCUAUAAGAUGGGGUCUCCACACUGCUGA